CGCCAUUCCCGUUGCUUUACGCUUUUUUAAUAACUAAAAGGUCAGUGUUUCUCGUCAAGUUACGUUUCCGUCGUAAGAAAUUUACCUUUGGCAGCAGGUGAGGUCAAAUGCGGAGGAAAGGAGCGGAAGAGGUUUGCUGACAGGUAAAAGGGGACUAUUUACUCUUCAACCAAGAGGGGGGAUACAUGGAAGACAGCAGAGGUGCGUUGGUCGAGAGCCUUAUAAUAUGGCUGCAGACCUUCAACACUCCUGCACCCUGCACGACAGUGGAGGAGCUCACCACUGGAGCCGCAAUGUCCCAAGCCCUGCAUCAGAUAGACCCUGCAUGGUUCAACGACGGAUGGCUCAGUCGCAUCAAAGCAGACGUGGAGGACAACUGGAGGCUGAAGAUGAACAACCUAAAGAAGAUCCUUCAGAUGGUUGUUGACUAUUAUAAAGAGGCUUUAUCCCAGGAAAUCUCAGACUUUCCACUACCGGAUCUGUCCCUGGUGGCUGAGCACGCCGACCCAGUGGAGCUGGGGAGGUUACUGCAGCUCAUCCUGGGCUGCGCUGUCAAAUGUGAGCGCAAACAAGAAUACAUUCAGAUCAUCAUGACUUUGGAGGAGUCUGUUCAACAUGUUGUCAUGACAGCCAUCCAAGAGCUCAUGAGCAAAGAAACCACCAGCCCAUUUGCAGCAGAGCUGUCAGGAGACUUGGAGCAGCAGCUUAAAAAAGCACUGGAGGAGCUCACUGAACUUCUCUCAGAAAAGGAGGCCCUCGCACAACGCUGUCAGGAGCUAGACAUGCAGGUAACUGUCCUUCAGGAGGAACGAAACAGCUUGCUGGCAGAGAAUGACGUGCUAACAGACCGAGCCAAUCAGCUGGACACGUUUGAUGACCCAAGCACGCCCUCAGGAAAAAAACACAGCCACCUGCAGCUGCAGUUUGAGUCGCUGCAGGAAGAAAACUUCAGGUUGGAGGCUGCUAAGGAUGAUUACCGAAUCCACUGUGAGGAGCUGGAGAAGCAGCUGAUUGAGCUUCAGCAUCGCAAUGACGAGCUCACCAGCCUGGCAGAGGAAUCCCGCGCUCUUAAAGACGAGCUGGAUGUCCUGAGGAACUGCUCGGAUCGGGUGGUAAUGCUCGAGGCCUCGGUAGAAACGUACAAGCGCAAGUUGGAGAAUCUUGGUGAUCUAAAAAGGCAGAUGAAACUGCUGGAAGAAAAUAAUAUGACCUACAUGCAAAACACUGUCAGUCUGGAGGAAGAGCUUCGCAAAGCCAACGCUGCCCGUGCACAGCUGGAAACAUACAAGCGACAAGUUCAGGAGCUUCACAGAAAACUGUCUGAAGAGACGAGGCGAGCGGAUAACCUCGCUUUUGAGAUGAAGAAGUUGGAGGAGAAACAUGAAGCUACAAUGAAGGAGAAGGAGAGGAUCAUCAUUGAAAAAGAUUCUCUGAAGGAAAUCAAUGAAGAACUGCGAUGCACUCAGGCCCAGCAGCACCAGCUCUCUCAAGCAGGGAUUUUCCCCUCUGGGAGCCCCAGCCAUGAUAACCUGGCAGCGGAGUUAAUCCCCAUUGAAUAUAGGGAAAAGUUCAUGCAGCUGCAGCAUGACAAUAAGAUGUUGAGGGUGCAGCAGGAGGAUUACGAGCAGGAGAAGGUCGCUGAUCUGCAGGUCCAGUUGGAGGAAGCGGAUAAGACUCGCAGCCAACUGGACACUGAGAACAGACUGAACCGAGAGCGGAUCAGUGAGCUGCAGCAGCAGGUAGAGGAUCUGCAGAAGGCCCUGCAGAGUCAGGCAGCCAAACCUGAUGAUUCAAACCUGAAGAGGAAACUGGAUGCACACAUGGUCCAGCUGAAUGAGGCUCAGGAUGAAAUCAUGAAGAAAAAAGAACUAUUGGAGGAUCUUCAGCCUGAAAACACUCAGACUUCUUCUAAAGUGGAUGAGCUAAUGGCUGCUCUCAAGAAGAAGGAUGAUGAUAUGCGGGCCAUGGAGGAGAGGUACAAGAUGUACCUGGAGAAAGCUCGAAACGUCAUACGAGCGUUGGACCCCAAACUGAAUCCUGCCACUGCUGAGAUUCAGGCUCUGCGGAACCAGUUAGCUGACCGGGACAAACACAUCGUCACCCUUGAGCGUCAGUGUGAGCAGGCCAGGCUGAGAGAGUAUGAGGAGAAGCUGAUCGUCACUGCCUGGUAUAACAAGAGUGUGAACUUUCAGAAGUUGGCCAUUGAAUCGCGCCUUGGGGGCCCCACUUUCCACACGCUUUCCCCUGGCCAGUCCUUCUUAUCGCAGCAGCGCCAGGUCUCAAACGCACCCCGGCGAGCUUCCUCCAUCAGCGUGCCAGCUCCCACUCCCAAAUAGACCUCGCUUCAGGGCUGAAUGUCUCUAUUCUUCUGAAAUAAGGCAGGAAUUUACAAACCCAGCUCCUUCUGUCCAGCGAGCACACAAGUGGCCUUAAACUCUCCUGCUUUCAGCUUUUGGGGGGAGGAGUCAAAGAUGAUCUGAUUAGGAAGAACGAGCGUUUAUGAAACAUAACACACAGGUCACAGCAUGUUGUUUAUUGUACUCACUCUCUGUCCUCUCUAUCCUGUGGUUUCACGUUAAUCUAGACACAUCAGUCCACUUCACGUAGAAUUAGGCUUUUUCAGGAAUGACACAAAUAUCUGCUUAAUAUUUUUUAAGUGAUUAGAGCUUUAUACUAAUGAAUGUUAUUCAAAUCAUGUGACUUGUGCUGACUGUAGACGCAUUUAUAAAUAUCAUCACAUAUAUUUUGUUCUCCAGCAGUGAUGGUAAGAAACACUUUGCAUUUUAAUCACUAACUUGUGGUGCUGGCCACCAACAACAACAAUCCUGCUUUUUAUUUUCUUAAAAGCUGUGAAAGUCAUAUUGAGCGCCGUCUGCCUUCGAGAGACGGCGUUCUUCUACUGGACUGGUGUUGUGGCUGCAUGUUCUCAACCAGCAGAACUCUCUAUUCACUGAGAAUUUAGUCAGAAUGAUGAUAUUUAAUUAAAAAAACAUGUUACAUGGGAAAUAAAUUGUACAUUUUGAAUGUAAAUAUGAUUAAAACACCAGCUUUGAUCCAAAUGAGAAUCAGGUUUAACGUCCGUACAGCACCUACAAAAAAUUGUAAAAUGAGAUUUAUAGAAAUGAUUGUUUGUGUCUUGGAAAGUUCAGAGGCUAAUAUUGUUUUUAAUGUUGACGGUUAAUUGAUUUCACACAGAAUGAAUUGAGUUCUUUUUUAAGUUUGUCUGCGUAAAUCUUUUCUUGUGCUCA